CUGGCAUCAAGUACAUGUCCAUGUCACUGGAGACAAUACGGGUUUCUUUGCUGCCACCCCUUUUAUGCAGUCAGUCAGCCAAACACCAAAGACGACAUGACCGCACAGCUGAGCAGACCCAUUGUGGCCAUUGGCCAGCAGACAGGGGAUGCUAUGUCUUCGCUGUUACCGAACCAGGGGCUGAAGAAAAACACACAGCAAAGGUAUUCCUUUCUUGCUCUUCAUGGAGUCGCCUUUUAGUUCCCCUAGCCUUUUAUCUCGCUUGUAGAGUACCCUUCUGGCGUCUCCAUUUCUCUGUUUAUUCAAGCUUUUUCUGGAGGAGUGGAAAGGAGUCGGGCUUCUUUUUAUUAAUGUUGUCCCUACCGCGUUUAUAUUUAGUGCGCGACUGACGACACCAGCAGUCGACUUUUUUUUUUUCUGGGCACCAUGGAUGCGAUACACAACGAACAAAUGGUUCCCCAGCCAGCAAAGCAGCGACUCAGCAUCUUUUCCCGCACACCUGUCCGCACCUCCAAAACGCUCGAGCAGUCAGUCGCAGAGCUCAUGAAAAUGGUCGACCCUGUAUCGCAGGUAGCAAUCCCGCGGCACGUCGAAUUGCCCUACACUGGCCCGUGGCUCGACUCAACAAACGCACAGACAAACGCGCAGUUAAUACAGAUAAUCGAUAUACGGUGUCUCGUGGACAUGGUGUUAUUGGAUACAUUUGGCACGGUGAUUGGGCACAGCCGGCGGCCAGUCGGUAGGCACAUCUUGGCGAUGAGCGAGACGCAGAGGGCGAUGAGGUUUUAUGCGCAGAUAGCACACAACUUUCGGGAGUCCAUUGACCUGCAUAUGGACCAAUUCCCAGCCAUCGUACAUAGCGUUGUGCUCAUAAACAACAACAAUGUGCUGCGCGGCGCUCCGCAGUCGUUCGAGAUGGUCGGGCUGCCAGACUCCACCACUGUGCCAACAUUGGUCGACGAGGGAGCAAAAAAAGCAUCACAAGCACAGCUGGCCGAGCGACACCAGGAAUUUAGGCGGCGCCAGAUCUACAUGCGCCAGGCGAUGGAGAUGGCUCAGAGGUGUGCAGACGACGCAUACAGGAAUUGCCCGAUACUAGUGGAGGCGAUGGAAGAGACAAAGGCGCAUGUUUGGCCGCUGUGGUCAUACAUGGUCGAUGACCACAUGGCUCUUGUUGAGCAUGAGCGAAAAAUGGCACGGCGGAGACAGCCUGGCACGCUAGGCGAAAGACACGUUAGGUUUAGCGACGGAAACGGCACGGCGCAGGCAGAGACCGAAACGUCGUUUCAGCAGAUGGGGGAGGAGCAGCUGGAGCGCGAGGUUGCCUUCCGUCUGCACACACACUGCCUGGAGCUCCUCCACAACGGCAAAGUACCGCACGACCACAUCAAGCUGUUCUUGCACACAAUGCUGUUCACAGUCAUUCUUUUCAACGAAAAGGUCUUUGAGCGGUAUGCGCCGCGGCGGGAGUCCAAAGACUCAGCAAUGGUCGAUCCCCACUCGUCUUCAAUGCAGCAGCGGGCAACGCCGAUUCCAGCCAUGGAUGCGGCCGAGAAAAAUGGUCUGGUUCCGCCGGUCCCAGGCGGCGAAGGGCAGCCGCUGAUGGACAAGGAGCAUGUGUGGAUGCUGAUGGAGUGGAGUUUUGCUAAAGCCAUGGGCUAUUACCUGGCGCACAGAUAUUCAAAGCAGGAGCUGGACACUGCGGUUGAGCGGGCAAAGCAGGAGAGAUAUGUGCAGUCAGUCGAAGUCUCGCCGGCUGCAACGUAUCAACCGCUGAAUAGCGAUGACACAGCGUUCCACGAGAUGAUCUGGCAGUAUGUCCGAGAGCGAUAUGACCACAGGAAGGAGUUCUCCAUACUGGUCAUCGAUGAGGCAGUCCGGGAGUACAAUGCGAUCCUCCAGGACAUUCGCUUCAAACACCGUUUGCAUUUACAUUAAUCCAGCGAUCCAUCAGUACAUCAACCACCCGUAAAUAGACAUAAUCAAUCACGAUACUAAAUGA